UCAUACGGCCAAGCAAACUUCCCGCGAUUUCGUUUCGAUAUAUGUAAUUCUAAUUUCUGUGCUCUCGGCUUGGGCGCAGCUUCAUAUCUCGGAGACAUAUGUCGAUGUAUGCAGAGGUUAAAACUACGAUGCCAGCCAGAGUGACCCAAGUGAAAUGCAAGCGAUGUCGCAAAGUUCUCUUCACAGAAGAAGCCACCCCUAUAUUAACAGCACAUAGUGAAAUUCGGACGGGGCCGACACAUUCCCGAUGUGGUUCUGGGGCACCAGAAUACUGUCUCUAUCUAUCAGAGGAGAAUUUGCCGGAAUGGAUGAAAGACACCAUAGAUAAGGAAUUCUGGAUAAAGGGAAAGAUCCAUUGCCCUCACUGCCACAGUCGAUUGGGAUCGUUCGACUUUGUUAACCAGACAAAAUGCGACUGUGGGAAAUCCGUGCCACCGCCGAUAAGAAUAAUUCAUUGCAAAGUGGAUAGAUUGUCGGACACUGGAUCCAAUUUGCCUUUUCUACCGUUACCCAGAAUAAAUUAUAACCCUCAUUCAAGGGAUAACAACGGCGCGCAACUCGUUCAAAUAGUAGCAAGCAACAGACGUGGACAUGUAGUUGAUGCAGAUAAUUUGGCAGAGAAUAAUAUAAGUAAUAAUCAUCCUUAGACAUACUUGUCGUUUAAGUAUAAUUCGCGUACCGAAAAUCAGGGCUUGGGAAUCGGUGGGUCAAAAUUCGUGCCGGUGCACCCGUUCAGCUGCUCCAUAACAAAUUACCCCAGUUUUUCUCAUCCCGUUUCAACAUGAUUUUUAUAAAAGAAAUCAAUGAACAUUUAUUGUCAAAUGCUUUUGUAAUAUUGUUUUACGUUAAAGACCAAACUUGUGUGUA